AUGGAAACCGACCAGGGAAAUACACAGACAAAUCAAGGCGGCCAAGGUCUUCAAGACGACGAUACCAAUAUCGUCACGAUGGAGCGCAACCAGUCGGCAUCAGACCAGAUGGCAAAGGCGGCUAGGCUGCUGAAGCUAGCGCUUUCCGACGCAGCCCAACAGCAGAAGCGGAAGCGAUGCGACGAGAUCGGGUCUCACGACUUGCCCCCUACGAAGAUUCAGAAGAGAUCAGGACCCUACUCGGAAGCGACCCGAGGCAAGUCUGAGACGAACGUCAGUGAAGAGUCAGACGUGGACACGAACAUCGACGCAUCGUCUGACCAACGACUCAACCUCAGUAUCAUAGCCGAUACCUUCAUCACUCAGAGUCGUGGCAUUGCGUGGACAGGACCAAAGGCGGAAGACAGCACCAGGGAAACCCAAACCCUUUACCACGAGAUCCUCUGUAUGAUAGAAGAGCCACUGGGCCCGGAUCUGGACAUCGCACUCCAACUUGCUGCAAUAAAUUCUUCAGCAAAAGAAAGGAAGGACAUCAUGGCGCCCUUCAUGGAGAACCUGCAAAAGGAGCCUUGUCUGCGUCGUUUCGUUGUACGCCACGUCAUUGAUGAGGAGAAACGGUCAACGCUGGAGACUCGGGCGACGGAAGUCAACAUGAUGAUUGCGAUUCACAAAGCGACCGGACGCAUUCCACUGGAGCGUAACGACGUUCUAGGCAAGUCAGCAAGACAGAAGUGGAAGACAGCCGCCUGGCGUGCGACAGCAACUGCUCUUGGUUCCUCGGACGAAUAUUUGAUGCGUCUUUCCAGGCUCUAUACACAUUUCUACGCCGUCGAAAAGGAACAUAGAGAUGCGAUGAGACGCACCCAAUAG